CCUUUUCAUUCUCAUCUAAACACAAACACCACAAGCCUAUUCUCCUACUUCUCCUUCCACCUCUCCUACUGACAGUAUGGGAAAGGACAUUGAAGUAGCCCAGCAAGGAGAGUUCAUGGCAAAGGACUACCAAGAUCCACCUCCUUUGCCAUUGAUUGAUGCUGAAGAACUCACCAUGUGGUCUUUCUAUAGGGCUAUCAUUGCUGAGUUCAUUGCAACCCUUCUGUUUCUUUAUAUCACUGUUUUGACAGUGAUUGGAUACAAAAGCCAGACUGACCCAAAUAAUAAUGGUGAUGAUUGUGGUGGUGUGGGAAUCCUCGGCAUCGCUUGGGCUUUUGGUGGCAUGAUCUUCGUCCUUGUCUACUGCACCGCUGGUGUCUCUGGAGGACAUAUCAACCCUGCAGUGACAUUUGGGCUAUUUCUAGCCCGUAAAGUGUCAUUAAUCCGAGCCGUGAUGUACAUGGUGGCACAGUGCUUGGGUGCCAUGUGUGGUGUAGGGUUAGUUAAGGGCUUCCAAAAGGCUUACUUUGUGAGGUAUGGAGGUGGAGCCAAUGAGGUCUCGGCCGGUUACAGCAAGGGGACAGGUUUAGCAGCUGAAAUCAUCGGUACCUUUGUCCUUGUUUACACUGUCUUCUCUGCUACUGAUCCCAAAAGAAAUGCCAGAGACUCCCAUGUCCCGGUAUUAGCACCAUUGCCAAUUGGGUUUGCAGUUUUCAUGGUGCACUUGGCCACAAUCCCAAUCACAGGCACAGGUAUAAACCCAGCUAGAAGUCUUGGAUCUGCUGUGAUAUACAACAAAGACAAGGCUUGGGAUGACCACUGGAUCUUCUGGGUUGGACCUUUUAUUGGUGCUGCCAUUGCAGCUUUAUACCACCAAUACAUUUUAAGAGCGGCAGCGAUCAAAGGUUUUGGGUCAUCCAGGAGCACCUAAAUUUUAUUGCUUCAAGUCUGCUUUUGUUUCUUUUGAUACGUGUCUGGACAUGUUUGGGAAACGUGGAGAUGAUGUCUUUAAAUAAUAAUAAUAAUUAAGGAGAAGGUUUGGCUGAAACUGUAGAUACAGUUAUGUUUAGGAAUUUAGAUAAGAUGGGUGUGAAGGGAAGGGAGUCUUUUCUCUCCUCUUUUUCAUUUUUUCUUUUGUCCCUAAACUCUUGUUGCUAUGGUAUCUUUGUGUAAGCAUAUAUAUUCUCAACGUAAGCAUAUGUGUCA